GGAAAAGGCACUUCAUUUGAUGCGUUUCGGUGCCAUACCACUGGUGGUCUUGGGAGGGCUUGGCGCAGAGGUUGUCAGAGCUGUGAUACCAAAGAUUGGGAAGCUGUGGAAAUACGUCGUGCCGAAACCGGAAUUACUCUUGCCGACUCCCCCAGGCUAUGAACAGCUGCAAAGAGGAGCGAAGCAGGGAAAUGAUGGGUUACAGGACCUCGAAAUCGGGCCGAUUCUGGGUUAUGGGUCCUACGGCACGAUGGCGUGGAGCGCGCGUUGCGGUUAAAGUCCUGACACACGAUAUUCAUGGCCACAAGAGCAAUCUUAUGGUGGCUCGAGAAGCAGUCGUGAGCGCUGCAGCUUUGCAUCCCAACGUGGUCAAAGUAUACCUUGUCAGGACACGCAGAGUUGAAGCAGAGGAGACGGGAGUGUUAGAGACAUUCAUCAUCAUGGAGUUCUGCGACCAGAAGACCCUGGAAUCUAAACUGAAGGUUGCUUGGGGGCUCCUGCUAAAGAAUCCCGAGGCAGGCAUGCAUUGGAUACUAUCUUGUCUCCUGGAGAUAGCCAUGGCAAUGGAAUACCUCCAUUCACUUGGCCUGGUGCACGGUGAUCUGAAGGCCAACAACGUGCUCCUCCAGUCCACAAGAUCAAAUGCCCGAGGCUUCACGUGCAAGGUGGCAGACUUGGGUUGUUGCCGCCUUCUGUCGACUGCGAGGUCAAUGCGUAAAGAGGUCUGUACUGGGACUUACGGUGCACCUCGGUAUGCAUCCCCGGAGCUGUUGAGGGAU